UUGUUUUCUGGCAGCACUGUUACAACAACAAUACAGUACUGUUUGGUUGCAUGCCUGCUGUGUGACCAGAUCGCUGAAACCCAAAGAGCGGCAACAUUUACAGCUACAUUGUUGAAAUUAACUGGCGCCCAAAUUGUUGUGUGCAGCUUGAAAUUUGUUAAAAGAGCUACGAAAAUUGCAUAAAUGUCGAGUGAAAGCGACGAGUUCUACAGCGACGAAGAGGCGGAAGUCGUCAGCAAUACAACAUCGGGACGCUCCUCCAGUCGUGGCAGCGUCAACACUGGCCGUGCCUCUGGCGGCAGCCGUCGCAGCGUCGUCAGCAAUUUGACUGUCGAGGAGUCGAAUACGGAUUCCGAUGGUUCUAGCGUGCGCAAACCAGUUAGAAAUGGCCAGCGAGCCGGCGGCCGCCGCCAAGCCGUGAUUUAUUCAGAGAGCGAUGAGGAGGACGAGCUGGAUCAGCGCGCCCUGUCACCGCGCACGCGCAUGAGCAUCACGGGUGUGCGGCCGAACGAUAUGAGCGACGGCUCCAGUGAGAUUGACUACAGCGACGAAGAGGAGCGGCAGCCGCAGUCUCGGCAGGAGCAGUCAACCCACAGCAACAGCGAUCAGGCGGAUGAGACCUACGACGAAGAUGUGGAGCGCGAACAGGCUGCCGCGGAGCGUUAUCGCCGUGCCACCAUCGAUGGCCUGCACUCGCCACGUUACAGCACACAAUUUGCGACCAGCAUUGAGGACACAUUGCACUCGACACUCUUUCCCAAUGACCAGCAACAGCUGCAGCUGCCGAAGUCGCCGAGUAACGAUUCAUCUGGCAGCGAUGUGCUCAUCUUGAGCAACAAGGAGACGCCCAUUGAGAUCAGCAGCAGCACCGACAACGAUGACAGUUACAAUAGGGAAGAUGCAUCGGGCGCUUCGGCAUAUGGCCGCAAAUCGCGCGGCUUUUCACCACGCAGCAGCUCCGAGGCACCCAGGGUCCGAUCCGGCAACAAAUUAAUACAGCCGACCAUUAAGGCGGCCAUUAAGAAGCAAUCGCCCCGGCGCGCCAGCACCAAGGGCCAGCACGUUUCGCCUGAAUUCUACGAGAAGGAGUCGCGCAAAGUAACCGAAAUGCACGUCCAGUUGAACGAGGCGGAGAAGCUGUACGAGAAGGUGGCUCACAAGCUGCCCGACAAGGGCAUACAGAUCAAGAAGCGCAUCGAUGCACUGCGUCAGGACAUAGAAAUUAAACAAAAAUAUCUGUCCGGCCUAACUGUGCAGCAGGAGAAGCCACAAAUUAAGGUCUCCAAGCCGCGUGCCUCCAAUUCACGUAAAUCCCCAAAUCCCGAGGCGCCCGACUGGGACCAGCUGUCCGCAGCGGUCAAUCAAAUACAGCCCACACACACGGGUGCCAAAGGCUUGGCGGCGUUCAACGCCAUGAAGGCGCUCACCAUUGAUUCCCUCAAGGAUUUGCAUGGCUCGUUAAAGGGCUGUCCGGCAGAGCAUGUGAUGGCAGAUGAACCCAAUGGAUUGAAGGUGCAGCUGAUGGACCAUCAGAGGCAUGCACUGGCCUGGAUGUCCUGGCGCGAACAGCAGCGUCCACGCGGUGGCAUCUUGGCCGAUGACAUGGGCCUGGGCAAAACGCUGACUAUGAUUGCCCUGGUGCUGGCUGGUAAAAAUGGGCAGGAGAGCGGCGCUGGCGCCGAAUCUGCAAGCAGCGACGAUGAGGACGAUCCGGGCAAGAAGCGCAAAAGCGUGGGCGGUUGGACUUCCAAGGGACGCAAGGAUACUUACAAAGGUGGCACCCUGGUGGUUUGCCCCGCCAGUCUGCUGCGCCAGUGGGAGGGUGAAGUCGCCUCCAAGUUGUCGCGCCAUCGUCUGACGGUCUGCGUGCAUCACGGCAAUCAACGCGAGACCAAGGGCAAGAAUCUACGUACCUAUGACAUGGUGGUGACCACCUACAACAUUGUCUCUAGGGAGCAUAAGAUGAAUGGAGCAUUGCAUGGCGUAAAGUGGCGCCGUAUCAUAUUGGAUGAGGCGCAUGUGGUGCGCAACCAUAAGGCGCAAUCAUCGAUGGCAGUUAGCGAGCUGCGCGGUAAAUAUCGCUGGGCCCUGACUGGCACUCCAAUUCAGAAUAAGGAGCUGGACGUUUAUGCGCUGCUCAAGUUUCUGCGCUGCUCGCCCUUUGAUGAUCUGGCCAUGUGGAAGAAAUGGAUCGAUAACAAGAGUGCCGGUGGACAGGAUCGCCUUAAUUUGCUGAUGAAAUCCCUAAUGUUGCGGCGGACCAAGGCCCAGCUCCAGCUGGAUGGCAAACUGAACAGUUUGCCCAAAAAGGAAGUACGCUUGAUUGAAAUGAAUCUCGAUACGGACGAAAUGAAUGUGUACCAGAAGGUGAUGGCCUUCUCGCAAACCCUGUUCGCACAGUUUCUGUUCCAGCGUGCCGAAAAGGAUUCGGAUGCCAAUUUCAUCAACGAUGCUCGCAAGCCCACCUACAAUCAGAUCAAAGAUCCCAAUGGUGCCUACUAUAAAAUGCACGAGAAAUUCUCGCGCAUGGCCGGGCACAGCAAGGAGGUGAAAUCCCAUGAGAUUCUGGUGCUGCUGCUGCGUCUCCGACAAAUUUGCUGUCAUCCCGGACUCAUAGAUUCGAUGUUGGAGGAGGAGGGCGCUGCCAAUUUGGGACAUGAUGACAGCGAUAGCUAUACACCCGAAAUCGAUUUGCUGGCUCAGCUAAAUAAGAUGACUAUUAAUGAUAGCUCCGGUUCCAGCAGCUCGCGCCGUUCCAGUAACGGCAGGCACAGCAGCGAUGAGGUGCGUCUGGCCAAGGCCUCCCAGAAUGUGCUCAAGCGUAGCAAUCCGGUGUUUAAUCUCAAGCGUCCGUCCAGCAAAAUGCUAAAAGUGCUAGAGAUACUCAAGACCAACGUGCUGAAGUCCAAGGAUAAGGCUAUCGUAGUGUCCCAGUGGACAUCGGUGCUGGAUAUUUUGGGUGAUCUCUUGGAAAAGGAGAGGCUGCAGACCUUGUCGCUAAACGGCGCCAUACCUGUAAAGAAUCGCCAGGACAUUGUUAAUGAGUUCAACGAUGAACGCAAUCCCAAGCGCAUUCUGUUGCUCUCCCUAACAGCUGGCGGCGUUGGCCUCAAUCUAAUUGGUGCCAAUCAUUUAAUACUGUUCGAUCUGCACUGGAAUCCACAGUUGGAGGCACAGGCGCAGGAUCGCAUAUAUCGUGUGGGCCAAAAAAAGGAUGUCAUCAUAUAUAAAAUUGUAUGCCUGGACACCGUGGAGCAGCGCAUCAAGGCGCUCCAAGAUCGCAAGCUGGAGCUGGCCGACGGUGUACUGACCGGCAAGGUCAGCACCAAACUGUCCAUCGACGAUCUCAAGGGUCUCUUUGGCAUGUAGGCGCCAAUUAUUGGAAAAUCUCUAGGCUGCAGUGCUGAGCAUUGGGCAAACAGAAAGGCCAUUUAUGAUUUUUAUUUACAGCAGAACAAACUUCUUUUUUCAAUUGAAAACUUUAUUUUGAAGCAUUUGAUUUAAUUUUAUAUUUUUAGUUUUGCAUUUAGGCCUAAGCUACAAUCAAAUCUGAAGUGUUUUAAAAUUUUAAUGUUUUAUGUUUAAUAUGUUUAAUUGUUUAAUUGAUUUACUUGUUAGAUUAAAGGAAAUUGUUUUAUUGUUUAAGCAGAUGCAAACAAAUAAUGGAAAUUCAACUACAAUUUGAA